CGUACGAGAUGGAUAGUUCUUCGGGAGUGAGAAAAGGAGCAUGGACUAAAGAGGAAGAUGAUCUUCUGAGGCUGUUCAUUCAGAAACAUGGAGACGGGAAAUGGAACCAGGUUUCUCUACAUUCAGGGUUAAAGAGAUGCAGAAAAAGCUGUAGACUAAGGUGGUUGAACUACUUGAAGCCAAACAUCAAGAGAGGACACUUUGCUGAGGAUGAAAUAGAUCUAAUAUUAAGGCUUCAUAAGCUUUUAGGAAACAGGUGGUCAUUAAUUGCUGGACGACUUCCAGGAAGAACAGCAAACGAUGUGAAAAACUUUUGGAAUACUCGACUGGGUAGAAAGAUGGCUUCUGGUGUUGUUGAAAAGGUGAAAGAGCAAUCUCCAGAGACCAAAAAGGACAUCGCAGUCAGACCUCAACCACGGCGGCUCUCGAAAACUUCACACUAUUUGAGUGGGCAUAAAACUGUAACUUCACAUCAUAAUCAACCAGAAGAGAAUUUUAGCAAACUGCCAAUACUACCCUCAUCGCCUAUAGAAGAUGAAGUUGAUUGGUGGGAAACCUUAUUGGAGGACGAGGACAAUGUGGAACGAACAAAAUGUUCAUGUCUUGUGCUAGAGGAAGACCACUUCACAAACUGUUGUGUUGAAGAUUUGGCUCCGUGGACAAGAACAGAUUUUAGAUAUUUGGAAGACUGUCCUUGUUGGAUUGGCUCUUCUGAUAUGGACCUUUGGAAUCUAUCAACAUAACAACAAAAGUUCACCCCUUUGGGACCAACUAUGAAUUUUAUUUCAACGUUCUAAAACGAUUAAUAAAAGUUCACUCCUUUGGCUCUUUUGAUAAAAUAUAAUUUAAUCAAUAAAUGUAAGGGCUUCUUAGCUCUAGGUCCAAAACGAUUAGUUGUCAUUAGGCUAAGUCCUCGUCGUUUUGGUUUUAGAUGCAGGUCCUUUGACUUUUAUUACUUUUUU